CCCCCGUCCUGGGAACACUUACCUAGAACAAGGUUUUAAAUCUCGUAUAUUCCAUCCACACUGAGUCGAAGCUGCUUUCUUGCUUUAGGAGUGGGCGUGUACUUUAUGGAAUUCAAAUGCGGUGUUGGAUUUUAAUUUUGCAAUGGCUGCUCAUGGAGCUGGUCACAAGCGAGGCCUCUAUGUUGGGUACUCACUUCUUGCUGCAGUUCCCGUUCAUGCCGGAGGGCAGGCCGCUGCUGAUGGCGUACUCGCUUCAACCAGAGGAGAUCACCGUCACCCUCUCCGCCCCGCGCCUCCCGGGGUUCAGGGCCACGGAGCUGCUGGUGACAAACUUGGCGGUGGAGACAUACGCGGUACCCAGGGUGAUGAUGAUGGGCCACGCUUCCCGCGGGUCAGCCCUGCAGGCCAGGUCUAGCGCCAAGUUCGGUGUCACCGUCUACCUACCCGUGUCUAAAACUUCUGGCGCGGCAUUUCCAGCCAUCCCUGUCUCUAGCUUUGGAAACGCCUACACUUUGCUCUUCACAACGGUCAGGCCAUAUUUAUGUUUCCUGGCAUCCACGGACUUAACUAGUGUAGAACUGCAAGCUGACCGGACCGUCCCAGCCCUUAAAGCGAUGCUCCCCACAGGUCAAGCCGACAUAUUAUUGCAAAAAGGUGAAGCGCGGACCAUACUAAACUGCAAGUACGUAGAUGAUGUGAUAAGCUCAAUCGCAGUGAUGCGUGUCAAAUCCAACCGUGCAAUCGGCGUCAUCACGGGCAAUUGUGAGGUCAUGCCGAAGUUAAAGGUGUGCCAGGUGGUCGGACGGAAGGUCGCGGAGCGUAUAUCUGGGGAUAUGAUUCUGUCUGACAAUUCAGCGGGUAAGCACUUCCUGGUACCAAUGCUGGAUAAACACGUCUGCUGUGUGUAUUUCCUCUCGCUGAGUGGAAAGGUCACGACCUUGAAAAUCCAGACCAACCAGGCAGUCACGUCGCUGUACAUCCCAGCACGGCGGUAUAUCAACCUGACGGCAGACCAAGUCGUCGGCAAAUGGAUCAACGCCAGCCUGCCUGUCGUCUGCUACAUAGAGUUUACCAGUACGUACCACGGUGUACACGAGAGGUAUGGGCUGUCCAUGAUAGUGCCAGUAGAACUCUUCACGUCCAUGUACGUGUGGAGCACAGUGACUAUCAAACAUCAAGAACUACAUCAUUACUUUGCCGUCGUAUCACCCAGGGACAAUUUCUUCCUCAAUGUUGACGGUGUAGUGCCAAAGUUGCCAUGGAGAAAUGUUGAGGGCGCGAGGUGGCAGGCGGCUACACAGAAGGUGACCCCAGGGACGCACACGGCGUACUCUGUGAACCCUGCCAAUUUUGGGCUUUACGUGUACGGAGUCUCCGCCACCGUGAUGUUUCCUCACUAUGCUGGCUUUGUUUUCACGAACUUAUACGGCCCUUGUCAGAAGACUAGGCCCCAGCUCAACGAUAAAGUCGAUAACGACUGCGAUGGUUUUGUCGACGAGGAAAAUAAAGACAGCAAAGAUAAUGAUGGAGAUGGUCUGGUUGAUGAAGAUAAUGGACAAGUACCUUCAACCUUCAAAAGCCUGAAACAGGGGCCUGCGACGUACAAAAUGGAAAUCGUCUUUCCCAAAUCCUAUCCUGACGACUGCCCAUGUCCUAAUCCAGCUAAUUGUAAUAUUGAACUGUGCCGGGGCAGAGUGAACUAUAUCAGAUGCCUAGAAGAUUUACUGAGUCACCCAACAUGCAAGACUGGAAGCUACAUGGAGGCCAAGCAAAAGCUCGCAACCGUUAGCAAAGUUGACAUCAGGCGCGUUUGUACUGGAAAAUGCCCAUCAUCCCUGCGUGACUGUUAUCCUAUCAAAGAUAUGACAUCGGAUAUGAAAUCGGACCUCUCUUGCGAUCAGGUCAUCAACUUCCUAACCUGCUUCGAUUCAUUUGUAAACAACCCCGCGUGUUCGGCCUAUGUUCGGAACGAGGCAACACGACAGGCGAGUGAAGUCACAACCCUAGGACAAACCUAUCAGUGUGAAGGUAUAGCGGUGUCGUCUGGUAAUGCUG